AUGCCGGAUUUUAACCCCUUUCACUACAGAAGACCAAUGAGGAUUACAAAUAAAAGAAGAAAUUCGGAUUUUAUCCCAAGGCUGUGUUUCGAUGUUGAAAAUGGGGCAAGUCCUGGAAGAAGCCCAUUGGAUGGAGCAGCCUCUCCCUCCGCUGGGCUGGUUCUCCAAAAUCUUCCCCAAAGGCGGGAGUCAUUUUUGUACAGAUCGGACAGCGAUUUCGAGAUGUCUCCAAAAUCAAUGUCUAGAAACUCAUCAAUAGCCAGCGAAAGAAGAGCAAAUACAGGAGUUACUCUGCUAGGUGAGGGCUCGCCACAACAUGUACAGGGUGAUCACCUAUAA